GGAAGUUCUAAACAGUUCUUAAAUGAUGAUGGGCUGGGCACGCUUGGUGCCAUGCCUGCUUCAGCUUGUGCUUGCUUGCAUGGACAACACGAGCUGCUUUGAUGCUUGCAUCCCACAUGGCACGCAUGAGACGUGCCAUGGCAUAUUUUGCGACCAGAUGUGGGACAGCUGCCACUGUCAUGGGGCAAGGCGAACAGACGGUGCUUGCGAUGUGGCAUUGAGCACUCCAUGUACUGCAACGCAUGACGUUUUACUGAAUGCAGCCACCAUGGCCACAGCAGAGCUGAAUGCCGAGCAUCUCGCUGCAGGAACCUCAAGGGCCUUAGAUGCAGUGAUUCACGUGGCCACCGCAGCGGCAUUACAGGAAGAACGCCAGGCUGUUGGCGUUCACAACGUUCGGAUCAUUACGGAUGCGCCAGGCCUUGCAGAUCAUGGAAGUGAAGGCGCGAACUUGCUCCAUUUUGACAUCGCCUUUGGGCUUUGUGCUCCACAAGCAGCCUUGGAGGCUGCUGAAAGCGAAAAGAGACAAUUUGAGCGGGUGCUGGGGCAAGUUGCCGCGCAGCGUUACGAGGCCUUCAAAAUCUCGACAAUUCGGUUGCUGGAAUUGGAGCCGCGCUUUCAAACUGAAGCAUCAUCUACCAGCCAGUACCAGGUUGCUCCACUUCCCCAAGAGGAGGAGCCACCUGACCUGUGGGCUGAGAUUUGGUGGUUACCAUGGCUUGGCUGCAUCAUGGUACUACUCGCAGGUGUUUGCACAUUCUUUUUCUUCAGAAUGAGGCGUCGGCAUUUGGCAGAGUGCAACUUUGAUGGUGCUGUGUCGUCAAGGCAAGUUGAUGCUGAAUCUCCCGAGUGGAAGUGGAAAAGUUAUGUUGUUCGUGUCGCUUGUUCAUUCGAUGGCCGCGAGCUGAAGGGCACUGCGCUGGACUUGCUGGAAGGAGAUUUGGUUCAGGUGGAAGCAGAAGUUGAUAAUGCUUGGCUUUAUGGACACACUGCCAGGGACUUUGACCUUGUGGGCUUUAUUCCAAAGAGUUAUGUGGAAGAGCUAGGCACCGGUCUUGGUGCAAAACCGCUGCCGCCACAGCCAAUUUCACCACCGUUGGUACCUCCGCCGAAAGGGCUGCUGGUGACACUUCCCAGCAAGCAGGCCGAGCGCGCAAGUGUUAUGGAAAUCUUUGCAGCAAGCAGAGGUUGGCUUUAUGGCCGCCAUGUUGGAAGUUCUGCCACAAGCUGGUUUCCUGAAAAUUCCCUUGUUGAGGCGCCAGCAAGUGGACCAAGUGGUCCACGCUAUGCCGCUCAUGGCACCGCUUCCUGGACGUGCGGAGACCGUGCAGGAGCUCCAGAGUGCGAUGCCCCACCCGAUCGACCAAAGGCCAGAAGGAGUUUCUCACGCCAGAUGACUGAUGCUAUAGCAUCCGCAUUGUGUACAGGUGCUUGGCCAAAAUCGUAGACAGGGCCACUCCUCAGCAGGAUAUCUCACAUAAGUGGACCUGCUUGUGUGACUUGUGAGAUUGGGUGAGCGACCUUUUCAACAGAGGCGAGUCUGACAUGCAUUGCUGGGUUUGGGCCGGAAGUGUUCAAGUGAACCCAGCGAGCACGCACACCCAUGCUGACCCACCGCGACACUUUUGAACAUUUAGUCAAGACAUGUGUUCCAGUCUUUUUAAGUCGCCAGGAACAGAUGUCAAUUUCAUGCUUCUUCAGGCGACAAACUAUGACAAAUUCAACGGCGAUGACUAUAGCAUCCAGCUACUUCGGGAAUUGGGCAAGACUUGUCAAACAUGAUGUUCAUGCGGGCUAUCGAAAGUCCGCUAAAGCACCGCGUUGCAAGAUCUUGUCCCACAAUUGUCCCACUCGAGCUGAAGAGUACAAACACUUGGCUCCCUGAACUUUAAGAGUCAGGUCCCGUGUUUGAGCGUGUACAGUUGCCGCUUUGGCUGGAGAAAA